ACGCUGAGAUAAACUAAGUCUGCGCCGAUGCUCUCCGGUUUUUUAACCAAAAUCACUGAUAGUUUUAGUGAUACCUGUAGUUAUUUUAGUGAAAUAAGUGCCAGAUAUACGUGGAUAAAACGUACUUGAAAAUGUGACACUUCCAAGACGGCCUUGGCAAAGAGCGGAAGAAAAUGGCACCAGGAGCAUCUUCCUUAAGAACGUUUUGAGUUCGAAGAUGGGGAAGAUAAAAACAAAAUAUGAAAAGACAGAGUAAAACGUGACAUGGCAAGGACAAUAUGGAUUGUUCUCUGCCUAACGGGCUUGUGCAGUUUUGUGGAGAGUUAUCUGGCGGUACUUUCCUCGGAUCUACGACCCGGCUCUAUAGUCUUCGAGGCAGGUGUGCCACAGUUAGGUGGCAGACGAAAGUACGAAGUCUCGAGAGACCGUACUGCCUGGUUCGCUCGCAAAUUGCUCAAGGUGCAUCCACACACAGGGCGUGUAACCCUUGCAAAAAGUUUGAAUUGCGAUGGCCUUCAAUAUCCCCGGCUGUUCACCUACUACGUCGACUCCACCAGUUCGAGGCUCGGUAGGCCAAUGAUAGACUACUACAGUCUGCCACUGAGGGUCUUAAUCACAGGAUGUGGUGGCGAAAAUCAAGACCUGGAGGCCACCAACGGCUGGAUGCCAGAGACCUUGGCCUCCUACGCAAUGCCAAGCACCGAGAAGUUCACUGAAGUCUGUUUGAGGAGUUCACAGUUGGUCGCAGCCCUAAGAGAUUUCUUGCCUCACACGGCCCUUAAAGAAUGCGCGACAAAAUGGGGUGGCGUUGCAGAUCCUAGAUUCCUGAUUGAGAGUGGAGCUGGGGAUUUGGUCUCAGCCUCGGAACAAUGUUUAAAAGAUCCUCUUUGGAAGAUCUCAGUUUCGAUGACCCUGAACUGCGAGUCUCCACAUCUCUCGGAUGCAGAACAUCGACUCAAGAUCGUCUUUCACCAUCAGCAGCUCGAUGACACCGAUUUGGGGAGAAGAGUGAGGCGAGAGCUGCGGAAUCAGUCACCCUUUUUCGAACAGGCUCUCUAUGUUGCUGCUGUCGAAGAGGAGAAGGAAGCUGGUGAAUCCGUGACAGUUGUGCGAGCUAGAGAUCCUGAAGGUGGAAUGGUCCGUUAUUCGAUGACAUCACUUCUAGACGGAAGGUCACAGGCGCUUUUUCUUCUAGAUCCUGUCACCGGGCGGGUUACGACGCGUGCACGACUUGAUCGAGAGAGCUUGGAGGUUCAUUAUUUCAGGGUCUCGGCUGUUGACGACUCGUUUCCACCAAGAACAGGAACGACAAUGCUGCAAGUGAAUGUUUUGGAUACUAACGAUCACGAACCGAACUUCGAGUGGCCAGAGUACGAUGCAGCAGUCCGGGAGGGUGUUCCUGUGGGUUCCACCGUUGUUGCCGUCAAGGCUACUGAUAAAGAUGCCGGAAGAAACGCGGAAGUUGAGUAUGCCAUAGUAUCCACUACUGGAGGUGGUAUCACAUCCCUGACGGAGGAUUCUUCCACCUUCAGGAUAGACACAAGGUCUGGAGUUGUGACAACGAGAACUGCCCUUGACAGAGAGAAGACUGAAGUUUAUACCGUAAUUCUGCGCGCCUCCGACCUUGCCACACCUCCUUCAGCUAGGAAGACUGCAACAACCACUUUGGUUGUGCGCCUAUCAGACGACAAUGACAAUUAUCCGCAGUUUUCUGAACGAACUUACUCAGUCACUGUUCCAGAAGACCUUGAUUAUACGAGUGAUCCUAUUAUUGCAAGAAUCAGAGCCACUGAUGCUGAUACUGGAAACAAUGCAGCAGUUCGAUACAAUAUUAUCGGCGGAAACAUUCAAAAUACUUUUUCAAUAGACUCUCAGAGUGGUGAUGUCAGUCUGGUGAAGAACUUAGAUUAUGAGAAUGCGAAGAAUUAUCGCAUAGUGAUACGGGCUCAAGAUGGCGGUUUACCAGCAAGAUCCAACACUACUCAGCUACUGGUUCAUGUCAAGGACGUGAAUGAUAACUCGCCAAGAUUUUAUACAAGUUUGUUUCAAGAAGCUGUGUCGGAAGGAGAGCCUGUUGGGUACAAUAUCGUCCGAGUGCAGGCUUACGAUGCAGAUGAAGGUCUGAAUGCUCAAAUCAAGUAUGUGAUAGGUGCCAGAGAUUUCUCUGGGGCAUCGACUGAAAACUUUCCGAUUUCCGUCAACUCGGAAACAGGAUGGAUCUAUACCAUAAAGCAGUUGGAUCGGGAGUUGUGCUCUAAAUAUCAAUUCACAGUAAUUGCUAGUGAUUCUGGAGAACCGCCUCAGUCCGCAAGUGCUUCUGUUAUUUUAACGGUCACUGAUGUCAAUGAUAAUGAUCCACAUUUUGAUCCGAAAAAUUACGAGGUUGUUGUUUCUGAAGACGUGCCAACGGGGACCCCAGUCACUUCUGUGACUGCUACAGAUCCCGAUGAGGAUUCAAGAAUUCAUUACGAAAUUACCGUCGGAAAUACGAGAGGUCGAUUUUCCAUCACUUCCCAAAAUGGACGUGGUCUUAUCACAGUUGCACAACCGUUGGAUUAUAAGCAAGAAAAAAGAUUCGUCUUGACCGUGACAGCUACAGAUUCCGGGGGACGAAUUGACACAGCUCUCGUCUAUGUCAACAUAUCCGAUGCAAACAAUUUCGCUCCCGUUUUUGAACGUGCGCCGUAUUCAAUUUCCGUUUUUGAGGAUGCUCCCGUAGGAACCACCGUACUGAUCGUCGGCGCUACAGAUUCGGAUGUUGGACAAAACGCACAAAUCACCUACAGUUUAGGAACUGAUGGAGGAGAGCAGGAACCUUCAGAGUUUGUCAUCAACCCACAAACAGGAGCUAUUACGACCACUCGUCUCCUAGAUCGUGAAAAAGUCUCGGGUUAUUUGCUAACCGUGACUGCGAGAGAUGGCGGAAUACCACCCUUGUCAGACACUACUGAUGUGGAGAUUUCUAUAACUGAUGUCAAUGACAAUGCGCCGACCUUCGAAUUGCCUCAAUACCAAGGAUCCGUCGUGGAAGAUGUUCUGGUUGGUACCAGUGUCCUUAAAGUGACAGCUGAGGAUGCUGAUAUAGGAUUAAAUGGAAAAGUGCGAUAUAGCCUGGAAGAUAAUGUAGAUGGCGCAUUCGUGAUUGAUCCCGUCACUGGAGUGAUUCGCACAGCCAAAACCUUAGAUAGAGAGUCGGUGGAAAGGUAUAGCUUAAAAGCCAUAGCUGUCGACAGAGGCUCUCCAAGUCUCUCUUCCUCAGUGCCAGUUACAAUAAAGGUCGAGGAUAUCAAUGACUCUCCGCCAGCUUUCGAGAGUGACAAAAUACUUCUCUAUAUUGCUGAGAACUCACCGAUUGGUUCGACUGUUGGUGAAAUUUAUGCGCACGACCCCGAUGAAGGGCCAAAUGCAGUCGUGCAAUAUUCGAUUAUAGGAGGCGAAGAUGCAAAUAGUUUUUCAUUGCACACAAGACCUGGUGCUGAUCGUGCAGAGUUAAUAACCUUGGAGGAAUUGGAUUACGAAUCGGCAAAGAAGAAGUACGAAUUAGUCAUUCGAGCGGCUUCACCACCACUGAGAUCAGAUGCUUUAGUUCAAAUUCUUGUUACUGACGUAAAUGAUAAUGCUCCCGUGCUCAAGGACUUUCAGAUUAUUUUCAAUAAUUUCAAAGAUUUUUUCCCUCAAACACCAAUCGGAAAAAUCCCUGCAGUUGAUGCUGAUGUUACGGACAAACUGGUUUACAGUAUUUUGGCUGGGAAUAAUGCAAAUAUGAUAUCAUUGAAUAAGACUUCAGGAGAAAUCACCUUGUCGCCUCAAUUAAACACAAACGUGCCGAGAGUGGCUACCAUGGAAGUGUCAGUAACGGAUGGCGUCAACGAAGCAAAAUCUACUAUGACACUCUCCGUGAGACUAAUCACUGAUAAGAUGUUAUUUAACUCAAUCACUGUCAGACUCGAUGAUAUGACUGUUGAAGCUUUUCUGAGUCCACUUUUAGGAUACUUUUUGGAUGGCUUGGCUGCAAUAAUUCCUUGUCCGACAGAAAACAUAUUUAUAUUCAGCGUUCAAGAAGAUACAGACGUGCAUGGCAAGAUUCUUAAUGUCAGUUUUUCCGCCCGCAAAGUAGAGCCAGGUUCGGUCGAUGAAUUUUACAGUCCUCAAUUUUUACAAGAGAGAGUCUAUCUCAAUCGAGGGAUUCUGGCACGACUAGCCAGAGUCACAGUGAUGCCCUUCGACGACAAUUUGUGCGUUAGAGAACCAUGUUUGAAUUUUGAGGAGUGCGUGACAGUGUUGAAGUUUGGGAAUGCUUCUGGUUUCGCCAGCAGCGAUACCGUUCUUUUCAGGCCCAUCUAUCCAGUGACAACAUUUUCCUGCAAGUGUGCAAAGGGUUUUACUGGCAGUAGAGAAUCUUAUUUGUGCGAUACUGAAGUCAAUCUUUGCUACUCGAAUCCUUGCAAAAACGGGGGAACUUGUCAGAGAAGAGAAGGAGGAUAUACGUGCUCAUGUUCCUCUGAUUAUAUUGGUGAUAAUUGUGAGAUAUCUCUGAACGAUGACAUUUGCACUCCUGGUCUUUGUCAAGGUGGCUCACAGUGUCAAGUUAGGACUACCGGGGGAUUCACUUGUGAAGGCUGUCCUAUCGUGCCUCUGGAAAACGUAACACCCCUUUGUGAAUUAAAAGCUCGCAGUUUUAGUCCCGCAACAUUUUUAACUUUCGCUUCUCUAAAACAGCGACAUCGAUUUCAUUUGAAACUGAAGUUUGCAACAGAAGCUAUGAACGGUCUUCUCCUGUAUAACGGAAGGUACAACGAAAAACAUGAUUUCAUCGCAUUGGAAAUCGUCUCCUCACAAAUCCAGUUUAGCUUCUCGCUGGGUGAUGAAGUCACCAGAGCUUCUGCCAGCAUUCCUGGAGGUAUAUCGGACGGGCAGUGGCAUGAAGUAGAAAUUUCUUACAUUAACAGAACAGUAGUUGUGUCUCUAGAUAAUUGUGAUGUAGCUUUGGCUCUAAAAUAUGGCGAAAAACUGGGAGAAAGGUGGGCCUGUGCGGGCACAAGUGAACAAAUGUUGGAGAGUCGUUGUAACCUGGUUACUGAAACGUGCCAUCGUUUCUUAGAUCUUACGGGUCCGUUACAGUUGGGUGGAUUACCGACAAUACCAUCCAGUUUUCAAGUUAGGAACAAGGAUUACACAGGUUGCAUCAGUGAUUUUCAUAUCGACCAUCAGUUUAUUGAUUUAAAUUCGUUUGUGGCUGACAAUGGUACAACUGUUGGCUGUCCAGAGAAAAAGGCCUUCUGUGACUCUUCACCAUGCUUUCAUGGUGGUAAAUGUCGUGAGAUCUGGUCCGGAUAUAUAUGCGAGUGCGAGGAAGGAUUUAGCGGUCCUCAGUGCAGCGAAUCAAUUAUAAAACCAUGGAGAUUCCGAGGUGAUGGUCUACUUAGUUUUAAUCCACUCUUGAGACUCAUUCAACUACCUUGGGUGACAGCCUUCAGUCUUCGGACCAGGAAGCAAAAUACGUUUCUUAUGAGUGUCCAGAUUGGGCAAAACAGUUCAGCUGUCUUUGCAAUUAAAGAUGGGCGAUUGAUUGCAACCCUGGAUGGAGCAGAUAUUAUCAGAACGUGGACAAGUGUCGCUGACGGAGAGUGGCACAGGUUAGAAAUAGUUUGGCAAAGUGGACAAGUCUCUCUUGAUACUGAUUAUAGAAAUAGGCCAAUAAUUUCGCCCUUACUUGCCAAAUUACAUGGUUUGUACAUAGGUAAAAUACUCAUCGGUGGUGUAGACCAGACAGUAGGAGACUUACCCUUCUUCAGUGGAUGUAUACAGGAUGUUAGAAUCGGCACGAAUCAAACCAUUCUACAGGAGCCAACUGUCGAAAGGAACAUUGAGAGCGGGUGUACAUCAGAGGAUGAAUGUCGGUUUGAUUGUCCUGAUUCUGCUAUUUGCGUUAAGAAGUGGGAAUCUAGUGAGUGUGAGUGUACAAAAGGACACGUUGGUCAGAGCUGUGAGCAAGUCUGCGACGUGAAUCCGUGCAGUAUCUCUGGCAAUUGUGUCGAGGAUCUUAAUAUGAAGCGAGGCUACAAGUGUGAUUGCGACUCGCCUGAAUAUUCGGGCGAGUACUGUGAGGUCAAGGCGGAACAGCCCUGUCCUUCAAACUGGUGGGGUUCUCCAGUUUGUGGUCCAUGCCACUGCGACGAGUCUCGAGGCUACGAUCCGGCCUGUAACAAAACAACCGGCGAAUGUACUUGCAAAGAAAAUCACUAUCAGCUUCCCGGUCUACAGGAGUGCAUUCCCUGCGACUGUUAUCCAACUGGAAGCUUUGGCCCUCGUUGUGAUCCUGAGACUGGACAGUGUCCGUGUCGACCGGGUGUCAGUGGAAGAUCAUGCACGGCUUGUCCAACUGCUCUAGCUGAAGUGACGCUUCAAGGCUGCCAAGUGGUAUACACAGGAUGUCCAAGGUCUUACGCUCAAGGGCUCUGGUGGAAUAGAACAGAUUUUGGCUUGAAUGCCUUGGCUUCCUGUCCUGGCAAAGCUAUAGGAAAAGCUUCGAGAUCUUGUGACGACAAACUCACUGGUUGGCAGCCACCGGAUCUAUUUAAUUGCACCUCUGAAGUGUUCAUCAGACAGAGAGAGAAGCUUGCUGAUAUGGAGGCUGGAUUGAAAACGUUGCACACUUAUGAAGCUGUUCAAACAGCGAUGGAUCUACAUUAUGCUGUGAAUGUGACGAGAGACAUGUAUGGAGCUGAUGUACUGGUGGCUGAGUCUUUGCUUACUAUGUUGCUUCGCUAUGAAGAGAGUUUAGAGGGUUUGAAUUUAACUCACAGCCAGGACAAGGAUUAUGUUUCCCAUUUGGUUGGAAUUGCUGGAGCGGUUUUGAGAAGGAAACAUCUGGAAAAUUGGAGUAGGAUUGAAUCUCUCACGAGUGAUGGCCCUGACACGAUUUUGGAAGCGAUGGCUAAAUAUCUCAAAACUUUGACAGCUUCUCAGCAGGAUACGUUCACGAAUCCGUUUGAAGUUGUGGAUCCUAAUGUUGUUCUGGGCUUGGACGUUGUAACUUCAGAGAGUCUGUACGGCUUCGAAGCAGCGGAAUACAAUGAAGAUUUAUCAAUUUCCACAUCUAGACCAUUCGAAGCUGAUAGAAAGGUAGUUAUACCAGACACAUCAGCCUUUUUGACAUCAUCAAGUCAUCUUGGGCAAUCUGUAAGCUUCCCAAAAUACAAUAACUACAUGGCAGAUCCGAGAAAGUUUGAUCCGCACUCAAAAAUACAGAUACCAGUUAAGCUAUUGGGAAUUAAAACUGUUGAUCAAGGAGAUCUCAAUGUGAAAAAUAGUCUGAGUAGUGGAAAGGCUGUUUUGAGUUAUGUGCAGUACCGUGAAUUGGGCGCUCUACUUCCUCGCAGAUUUGAUGACUCCGUGACAGUCAGAUGGGGAGUCGAAGUGGCAGUUGGAUCACCAGUUGUAACUGUAUCGGUUUUGAUUCCAUCAGAAGAUGGUUACAAAUUUUUAAGUGGAGUUCCUCUACAGUACCCAGUGCAAGUACGUUUGUGGCUUAGCGAAGAUGAUGGUACGAAAACUCGCACAAAUCCACAAUGUGUACACUGGAGCACGGCAAGAGGGUUUGGCGAAUGGAGUCGAAUGGGUUGCACUACUGAGGUCGACGAUGAUACGAUUUUAACAUCAGGAAAGAUGAUGAACUGCUCGUGCCUGACUUUAUCAACAUUUGCGGUAUUAACCGACGUUUUAGAUCUCGAAUACGUGCCAGAGCCGUCCUUGCUGGAGGAUGUCACGAGUUACAGUGCAUUCAUGCUCGCACUGCCAUUAUUACUAUCAGCUUUACUUAUUUUGGCUCUUAUUCGCGGCACUGCGACCAAUUCCAAUAGCAUCCACAAGAAUUUAGUUUUCUGUGUCUUUGUGGGUGAAUUGCUCUAUUUGGUCGCUUUAAAAGCGAGAAAUCCACUGAUUGCCAAUGAAUUUACUUGCAAAUUGACUGCCAUUGGCUUACAUUACGCUUGGCUGAGUGCUUUCGCUUGGACUCUGGUGGAUUCUGUUCAUUUGUAUAGAAUGUUAACAGAAAUGAGAGACGUUAAUCACGGACAAAUGCGAUUUUAUUAUACUAUGGGUUAUGGAUUUCCAGCUAUUAUAGUCGGAUUGACCAUUGGCGUGAGAGCGGACCAAUAUGGAAACUUUUACUUCUGUUGGCUCUCGAUUUACGAAACCGUGAUUUGGGCACUGAUAGGCCCGAUUUGCAUCACAAUUUUCAUGAAUUUUUGCAUACUGAUGAUGUCCGUCCGUGCAGCUUUUACUCUAAAGGAACAUAUAUUGGGCUUCGGAAAUUUAAGGACACUUUUAUGGUUAUCAGUCGCCUCCUUGCCAUUACUAGGAGCAACUUGGACUCUAGCCGUUCUCAGUGCCUCGGAAAAUUCGCCGACUUUGUCAUAUUUACUUAGUAUUGCUAUCGUCAUUCACGCUGCCUUUAGUCUGAUUGGCUACUGUUUCGUCAAUAGUAGAGUAAGAAGAAAUUUAUUCUUGAGCGUUCUGAGGUGCCUAGGAAAGAAAACUCCAUUGUUAGAAGGCAGCCUGGGAAAUGCAAGUAGCAAUCAAAAUAUAAACGGACAUUCGCGUUCUGCGCUGGCGUAUUCUUCGGCCUACAGCGGAACGGAAUCCGUGUGCAGAAGAGUGCACGUCGGAGUUUCAACGAGCAGUACAACUUCAAGAAGUACAAAUAAAACUGGUUCCAGUCCUUAUCGUAGUGAUGCUCAUCUUCGUCAUACGUCAACAUCUACAAGCAACUAUAAUAGUGAUCGUGACCCGUACACAUCGUCAAGAAGUCACCGUACCGCUUUGCAUUCUGGAAAAGAAGCUGGCGAGCAACGUUCUGCUCGUAGGGACUCAGAAUCAGAUUCUGAUGGGUCUCAAGCUGAUGCAGGAGGUAGAAGUUUGGAUCUGGCCAGUUCGCACAGCUCCGAUGACGAAGAUGUUACUUCAAAGUCGCACAAAAAUAUGGGGGUAUCAACGCAGCAACCUGUCUCGCACAACUACCUUCCCAAUAUUCACAGUGCUGCCACUGAACACUUGAACAUUCUUUGCUCAAAUACGGAACUUUUCCCGAAUAUUAAACCAAUUUACGCACCAAGGUGGAGUUCGCAGCUUCCCGAGGCAUAUUUACCGACAAAUGUAGAUAUUCGUGGAAGUCAGUGGUCUGGUGGCACAAUAUCCGACAACGAAAUAGCAUCUAACAAAACUUCAAGUCCAAAUCCGUUGCCUUAUCCUGAUAUGAAUUCGCCUCUGAAGAAUCAGAUAGACGAGAAUUGUUCCGAGGGCGAAGAGAAGGUCCAUCAUCUCGGAGAAAAAUAUCUCUUUCCCUACACUGCCGAGGAAGACCACACGGCCUCUCCAACGCCCUACAUGCUGUCAAUGUCUUCGCGAAUUUUGAAUUCGAGUUUGAGUCACCAUUCGCAGGCCUCGAAUCAUGACAAUUUGAGCGGGUCCGAGAGGUACGGCAGUUUGAAGAGAGGACAGAGUCUGCAUGGUUCUCAGCAUGACAAUCUCAAUGGUUCAGACAGAUACGGAAGUUUGAAACGAGGCAAAAUCACUCCAUCAGUGCUGGAUGGCACUACAGAUUACAUAUUGCCUAUGAGCGACCGGAUAUUGUCGAGCUCUCUGGCACAUGAUUUGCAAUACAGCAACGAAUUGGCAGCUCUGAGGGAACAGCAUCCGCAACCCGAAUAUGAACAGACCAUCGCUGAGGCAGAGAAGGAUAUUAAUGCCGAGACGUCUGUCUGACAAUCUUCACCUACAAAGAAGUAUCGUACAAAGAAAUAUUUUAGACUAUCCAUUUACAAAAGCGACAUAAAAGUAACAUAUAUUUUAAGCAGUGGCCAUGACUGUGCUUAAACGCGUAGCCAUAUUGAUUAGCAAGUAUGUGUGAGUGCCUAUCUGUAAACCUAUGCAAUGCUUAUUUACGUACUUUGACUUUGGUUGUUGUUAACAACCUUAAUUUUUUUAAACUUCGUUAGUAUCCGGGUUCGUCGGCAAUUGUCAAACACACACACACACACACUAUAUGUAGGGUAUGUUUGUAUGAAUGUAAUGAUAAGACUGGGAUAACUUUCUGUCCACGACUCGUCCUGACACCCGCUUCAGGAUGAACCCUUGUAAAUUAAUAUUCACCGACAAAAGUUUGCUGGAUAUGUUGACGAGUAGAAUUUACUCAAACGGGCAGUCCACGACUCGGCCUGACAUCUGCAUGCUGGCCGUACUUAAAUUUCGUAACGGAUUAUAGGCUCUCUCUAGGACCCUUCCUCCCCCCUGUUACAAACCGUAACAAAAUAUCCCCACUCCAUCCUCUUAAUGUACGUAAUGUUUAGUUUCCAGAAAUAUUUUGCUAUUUAUUGCUAGUAGAGUUAGGCAGGGCGGUCGAAAACUUUAUUUUCAAAAUUCUCAAA